UCGUAAUAACGAUACGUUUUACACACCGACCUCUUUUGGCGAAGUUUUUACUCUAUUUUUUCCUCUUUUUGCUGUCUUCGUAUGUCGGUUCAAAACUUCAAUUCAGCCGAUCCAUUUGCCGUCGACAAAUCUGAGCAGGAGGGUCUCAUUCAUAUCCGAAUUCAACAAAGAAAUGGCCGAAAAACGCUAACCACUGUUCAAGGAAUCUCAGAAAAAUACGACAAGAAACGACUUGUGAAGUAUUUUAAAAAGAACUUCUCGUGCAAUGGAACAGUGGUAGACCACCCUGAACAUGGUGAGGUUAUCCAACUACAAGGUGACCAGAGACAGAGCAUUCAUGAUUUCCUAAUUGAAAUCGAUCUUGCAACAAAGAACCAAGUCAAGGUGCAUGGAUUUUAAACAAAGAACAGCCAACUUUAUUUUCUUCAGAACUUUUUUUUCUUAAUAUAUGUGAAUAAAAAAGUCUAGCUUUAUGGCUGCGAUGUCCUGUAAAGAAUUUAUAUAUAAUGGCAGUUUUGUAUUCGGCUUGAGUACUCCAAAUUAAAAUCAAUAAAAAAUGGGUAUGCUUGAGUUUU